GGGUGGCGGUGGGCCCCGCCUCGGGCAAACCCAGAAGAUGAAUCUCUUCCAAUCCAUAACAAGUGCCUUGGACAAUGCUUUAGCCAAAGAUCCGACUGCAGUAAUAUUUGGUGAAGAUGUGGCCUUUGGAGGAGUAUUCAGGUGUACAGUUGGCUUACGAGACAAAUAUGGUAAAGAUAGAGUUUUCAACACCCCGUUGUGUGAACAAGGAAUUGUUGGCUUCGGUAUUGGAGUUGCUGUUGCAGGUGCUACAGCCAUUGCAGAAAUCCAGUUUGCCGAUUACAUUUUUCCAGCAUUUGAUCAGAUUGUUAAUGAAGCAGCAAAGUAUCGUUACCGCUCUGGAGAUCUGUUUAACUGUGGAAACCUCACCAUUAGAGCCCCCUGGGGCUGUGUGGGUCAUGGUGCACUAUAUCACUCUCAAAGUCCAGAAGCUUUUUUUGCUCACUGUCCAGGAAUAAAGAUUGUUAUUCCAAGGAGUCCUCUUCAGGCCAAAGGACUGCUGCUGUCAUGCAUAGAGGACAAAAACCCAUGCAUAUUCUUUGAACCUAAAAUACUUUACAGAGCUGCAGUCGAACAAGUUCCUGUGGAGCCCUACAACAUUCCACUGUCUCAAGCUGAGGUGCUGCAGACAGGCAGCGAUGUGACACUGGUUGCUUGGGGCACUCAGGUACACGUGAUCAAAGAGGUGGCAGCAAUGGCUCAAGAAAAGCUUGGCGUGUCCUGUGAAGUUAUUGAUCUGAGAACCAUCUUACCCUGGGAUACAGAGACUGUUUGCAAGGAGGAAUGCUUUUUGAAUUUAGAAGCUCCAAUUUCAAGAGUAUGUGGCUAUGACACUCCUUUCCCUCACAUCUUUGAGCCUUUCUACAUCCCAGAUAAAUGGAAAUGCUAUGAUGCCCUUCGAAAAAUGAUUAACUACUAAGCAGUAGUACAGAGAUGAGAAGAGCAACAGGGAAAUACAGAAGCUGCCUUCAAAACUUUCGACACUUUACUCACAUCUUUUGGGUUUGGAAUUCAUAUAGCAGACUGUUUUCUCUGAACUCAACUAUCCUUAAUACUCAUCUUGGCUAUUCUUCAGGAAGUUCAACUCUACCUUAAUUAUGAAAUCAGUGAUGGUCAGGUGAUUGCUAUAAUAAGUAGUUUCAGAUGUAUUUAAAAAUAUUCCAGAUGUUGUAUGAAUAUUACACAUUGCCAUGCUUCACUAGGUUACACCUCUAAACUUCACUGUGUAAAUAUUAGAAGCAGGAUUUUAUUCAAUAAAACGUAUUAUGCAUAUGUUGUCUCUUGGUUUUGUUAUUGUUUUAGGAAAACCCAAAGAAGGUGUUUGAAUGUGACUAUAAUUUCAACAAAAUAAACCUUAGACAGCCAGACCAGCUUGUGCGUCUGGUCUGAUGGAGACUUCCUUUAACCAGUGUCCUUAGGUGUCUUUCAGCUGAGUGACUUCAUGUAAAAUAGUCCCAAAUAUGAUUUUCCUUUCUGCAAGGGAAAUGAAGGCUCCAUUUUUCUUGAGAAAGGAGGAGAUUUUUUUUUCUUUGUUGCUAGAGGUGAGAGGCUCCAUUGGUACAUCUUUGCUGCAAUAUCUUUGUUUAAUUAUUUUUCUUCUACAUAUGGAAUGUGUCUGCUGCUAAGCAGUUGUGCAAAAUGUGCCAGUUUGUGGAGAAAAGGUAACAUUACCAACAUAUUCAUGCCAGUGGUAGGAGAAGAGUCAGCUCACAUACCUUUUUCUGUUGGUGAGCACACAGAAAUACAAAAUUACCAAAAAGACUCUGCUAUAAAAUUAAACCUGAAUGUUUAUUUUUCCUGUGCUAAUAUAAAGGGCACUGAACAUCCCUAAAUGCAAGAGGGAGUCCAGCCUUUCAGACAGAGAGCCUCUGAGCUCAGUGAAGGUUUGCUUAGUUUUUAAUAAUGCCCUUCUUUUCCAUAUGACAAGCCAAGGACACAGCAAAGAUGUGAAAAUUAUCCUCUCUUGUCCUACAUUCCAGGACUGCUCGAAGGGCAGCAGACCUUCUUCCAGCACAGUAGUUUCAAAGCUUAUUACUGAAUUCCUUUGGUACCAGCUCUGAUCAUUUUUCCACCUCCUAAAUUAAGUGUGAAUUCAGCAGUUCCUAGUCUGUUUGGUUGCUCUGCUCUCUGUACAAAUCAAUCUCACGCUGCAUUGCUUCUUAUUAUAUGGAAGAGGAAGGGAAAGGAUUUGGAAGAUGUAUGCCAGUAGCCAGAUAACCACAUUUCCAUUGUUAUUCAGGGGGAUCUUUCAGGGAGAAAGAAUACCUUUGUAAUACACAAAUGUGCUCAGGGCAGUCCUCAACGUGACUGCUGAGACACACCAGGGAAGAAGCUCGGGCAGGUAGUUUUGUCAGUGGAUAUUCCCCACCAUGCCCCUCCAUCACCCAUUCUGAUGAUCUGGGAGUUGCUUGUUAAUCAAGCAAAUCUGGCUUUUGGGACAACAUCCUUGAUUAUGGGUGCCAAAGUGCACACACCCGCAUCUCAAAGUGGUGUGCUUCUCAGGGCUCCUCGGCAAUUCUCAUCUCACUCUCCCAAACCUCAGGAGUGAUCCUUGUAGGGUGGUUCAUUGUUUGCAACAUGGGGUGAUGCUUGCCCUCCAGCAGAACUCAAUUCAAAAAGCCGUGUUCAAAUGACUUGUACAGAUAGAAGGUGCUAAAUGAUAAUCUUUUCAGGCCCUGCUACCAUUUUGUGUAAGAUUCAUAGUUCAUACAUUUCCUACAGAAUCCCAACGGAUAAUCAAGCUAGUUGUCAAUGUUUCUAAUCAAAAUGACACUACUAGUCAAGUCUUCUGUCUGCAAGUCUCCUGUAAAUACCAUGUAUAGAGUUUCUUUAUUGUUUUAAAUGAUAGAUGCAUUAUGUAUUUUAUAUUUUUUUUGUGCUGGAUAGAAACUAUUGGGUUUAUGAAAAAAAAUGGUUUUAAAAAUUAUUUCUCUCUGUAGAAAAUCAAUAGAUAUUUGAGUUUCUUCUAAAAAUAUACUGUUAAUGUACUUCAAAGAAUAUACAAUAGAUACAGUUACGGUACUGACAUAGUAAAAUGUGCUUUGGUAAUUAAUAAUAGCCUUAAUCCUAAUACUUUGUAUACGCUGUUUUCAUAGAAAAAAAACAGUUUGUAAUUUAAUGCAGAGCUUAAGUUCAAGUUGCAUGUAUGGAAAUACAGAAUAAUAUGUUUCUUAAUAAACGUGUAGAAAAUAUUUGCUGUUAAUAUGAACUACUGCAGUCUGGUUGAGGGACAGGUUUUAUAUUUUCAGUGAGUGGUGGUGUGUCAUUUUUUUAAUAGUAUAAAAAAUGUUCCUUUCUCCUCUGUUUUGGAUAAUAGAAUAUUUUUCUCUGGCAAAGGCAAUUAAUGUUCUUAAAUAGGUGCUGCUCCCAAAACCCUGCCUAGAUGGCAGUAUCCACUCAUGUAACCUGUACUCGAGGAUGAUGGCUGUUUAAAGUGCGUGUUAUGGAAAAAUGACAUAUAGUUAUAAAUUGGACAGGAAGGUCUAUGCUGUUACAUACAAAUAACUGUUUCUCAUUAAAUCCCCUAAUAAUAAAA